UAGAGGAAAAAGGCAAGAGGGUGCAGGAAAGAUGGUCACAAGAAGAGGAAGAGUGUUUUUGAAAAGACGUAGCAGUGUAGUGCUACUUGGCGCAGUACAAAUCAAUUUCAGAGUACAGGUUGGAAGGAGAAAUGGCCUCCCAGUCCAGGUCCUGCAGCAAUCAGGGUUCACAAAGGCCUGAAGGGUUGAGUAGCCAGUCGUCAGAUCCCAUGCUGCCUACACAGAGGGUCAGAAUGAUUAGAUGGGGAAGGUUGCCGUCCACUGGUUUCGGCAUGGCCUACGCCUCCAUGACAACCCUGCCUUGCUGGAAGCUCUUCAGGACGCUAAGAUGUUCUAUGCAAUCUUCAUAUUUGAUGGGGAGAGUGCAGGGACAAAGUUCACUGGCUACAACCGGCAGAAGUACUUGACUGAAUCUUUACUGGACAUGGAUCAGCAGCUGAGGGAUGUUGGAUCUCAGCUCUUUGUCUGCAAAGGAAAUCCAAUUGAUAUAUUUACUACAUUACACAAAGAAAUUGGUCUGACUCACCUCUCAUUUGAGCAGGACUGUGAGGCAAUCUGGAAUAAACGUGACAAUGCUGUACGGAAGCUAUGCUCAGAACUCGGGGUCACAGUGAUAGAGAGGAUAUCGCACACCCUCUGGGACCCAUUUGAGAUCAUUGAGGCAAAUGGAGGCCAGCCACCCACCACCUACGAGAUGUUUAUGCAAGUUGUAAAAGUUUUAGGCGAUCCUCCCAAACCAUCACCAGAUCCCGACUGGGAGAAUAUCACAUUUGGGGACAUUCCUGAUGAAGUCGCUCAGAAGAUAAAGCUGUGUCCACAAGUCCCUUCACCUGAGGAGCAAGGCUACACAUGCAAUGGGGAGUGUCCUGUCUACACUGGGGGAGAAAAGAUUGCUCUGGCUCACCUUCAGGAACGGCUCAUAGUGGAGGAAAAUGCAUUCAGAGACGGGUACAUCCUGCCUAAUCAAGUCAAUCCAGACCUCCUUGGCCCACCCAUGAGUAUGUCGGCUGCACUGAGAUUUGGGUGUCUGUCUGUCAGGAAGUUCUAUUGGGAUGUGCAGAAGACUUACCAGAAGAUCAACAGAGGAGAACCACCUGCCUCUCACUCCAUGACUGCUCAACUCAUUUGGAGAGAGUUCUUCUACUGCAUGUCUGCCAACAAUCCUAAGUACAGUGAAAUGAAGGGCAAUCCAAUUUGCAUUCAGAUCCCUUGGUACAAGAAGCCUGAUCAGCUGGCAGCCUGGGAGGAGGGACGCACAGGGUACCCUUUCAUUGACGCUUGCAUGAGGCAGCUGCGCAAGGAGGGAUGGAUUCAUCAUGUGUGCCGAACAGUAGUUUCCUGUUUCCUGACCCGAGGAGAUCUGUGGAUAUCAUGGGUGGAUGGGCUAAAGGUGUUCUACAAGUACCUCAUCGAUGCGGACUGGUCUGUAGCAGCUGGCAACUGGAUGUGGGUCAGCUCCUCGGCCUUUGAACGGCGUCUGGACUGCUCUGUGUGCAUCUGUCCUGUGGAGUAUGGCCGCAGGAUUGAACCCACUGGAGAUUACAUAAGACAAUAUGUGCCGGAGCUGGCCAACUUUCCCCAAGAGUUCAUCUUUGAGCCGUGGAAAGCAUCACGGGCCAUACAGAAAGAGCACAACUGUAUCAUUGGACAAGACUACCCGGAGCGUAUUGUGGACCAUGCUGAGGCUUCCAAGAGCAAUCGCAAGAUAAUGAAGAGCAUUCGGAACCGCCUGAAGAAGCCUCCCAUGCACUGUGCCCCGUCAGACCCUGAGGAAAUCAAGCAAUACUUGCGUCUGCCUCAGUCCUGCUUCCACAACGUCUUCUAAGUGGAUGCAGCUCGUCACACAGCAGCUGCCCCUUGUAAACAAAUGUAAAACUUGCUCAUGUUCUCAGCCAGUUCUCUCUUCACUUCAUACUGCAUCCAUUCAAAUUACAUGUCAUCAUCUUCAUAAGCAAACAAUUUUUUUUUUUUCUGAUUUUCUAGUUAUUUUACUUUUUUUUUUUUUUUUUUUUUGUCAUAUAUUUAUUUUAUUUAUUUUUUCUUUAUUGUGUUGUACAUUUAUUGGUAUAGUGACCUUUUUCAUGUCAAUGUUGAGAGUGGCCUAAAAGUAACUUCAGUUGUUUUACAUUUUGUUAAGAAAAAUUAGGCCUUUUUCAUGUUGAUUUUCCCACCCAAAAAAUAGAGAGGUGACUUGGGCAGUUUGUUUUACAAAGUUCAUGAUCUACAUUUUUUCAUGACAAACUCUUUCAGUACUACAGCAUCAUUUUAAUUACGAGUAUGUUCUGGAUGCCACUAACUGAUCUUGUAUAAGUUUGAUAUGAUAUUUUCUGUGAUCAAAGGGUUAAAAUUAUAACUCCAGAACUAUUCACUAUAACCGUCCUUAUUUACUCGUUUCUAAUUAACAGUAGGUGAUUUUAUGGAGUCUGAGAUUUGUCUGUAGCGCUGAAUGAGUUAGAAGAAAGUAUAUAUAAUUCAAUUUCUUUUUCAUCUUUAUUUUUUAUUUUUUAUAGAAUUAAGGAAUGUUUUCUUUUACAUAAUUUAGGCUAUACUCUUAUUUUAUCUUUGUGUAGUGUACAUGUUUUUUUAAUUAACAGAAAAGUGUGUGCUUUGAUAGACAAAGUGAGAUGCUCAGCUUACCUAAACAUUGAAGCCAAGUUGUGCCAUUAGAUGACUGAUUGAUUGACUGACCUUAUUUAAUUAGUGUGCUCAAUUCACAUCAAAACAGGUACAGUCGCUGAAAUAUUUGUCCACCUUUUCCAGCAGCAAUAUAUCCAUUUACCAUU